AUGGGCAGAGAGUGGUCAGUGGUCACAGGCUCACAGAUAAUCUUUCUUUCUAUUGCUAUGGCUUCAAAAACCCUUUUUUAUUUUCUCUUCUUCUCCAUUUUUCUGCUCUUUUCAUCUCUUUCUACGGCAAAAUCUUACUGUUUUUCAAGAAUUUUAUCGCCGGCAACACUAGGUCUCAAGAAAGAGAAACUAAGCCACCUUCAUUUCUACUUCCACGACAUAGUUAGCGGGCGAAACGCCACCGCCGUUCCAGUAGCGGAAGCAGCCUCGACCAAAACCUCCUUAUCUGCAUUUGGACUAGUGAUAAUGAUGGACGAUCCGUUGACCGUCGAGCCUCACCGCAGCUCCAAACUUAUCGGAAAAGCACAAGGGAUUUACGCAUCAGCAUCACAAACUGAAAUCAGUUUUUUAAUGGUCCUGAACUUCGCUUUCACAGAAGGAAAAUACAAUGGUAGCAACCUUAGUGUUUUGGGACGGAACAGUAUAUUUUCCGGCAUUAGAGAGAUGCCGAUCGUGGGCGGAAGCGGGCUUUUCCGGUUUGCUCGUGGCUAUGCUCAGGCAAAGACUCAUGAAAUUAACCUGAAAACUGGGGAUGCAGUGGUGGAGUAUAAUGUCUUUUUGACGUCGGAAUUUGCUUCUAGCCUUCAUGUUGUUUUUCUUUCAAGUGUUAAUAUCCAAAUGCUUGAUAUCCUGAGAUGGGUUUUCUUUGAAGCCUUCAAAUGGUUUGUUUGUAUGUAGAAAAAGAGGACAUGGUGAAGCAUCUGGUUAAGGUUUUAAAGUGGUCCAUCUCGAUCAAGGAAUGUUUAUGAGUUCGUUGAGUUUCUUUUGUGGUU